AUGUCAAAGCUCAAUGCUCACACAUACAGGUACACAACGGCUUUUGCCUUGUUCGAGGCCCUUUGGGAGGCUGGAAUUACCGCAUGUUUCGUCAACGUGGGUUCUGAUCACCCGUUCAUUAUCGAGGCCAUUGUGAAAGGGAAAAGAGAGCGUCCAAAAGCAUGGCCAAGAAUGAUCACAUGUCCUUCCGAGAUCACUGCCAUUUCGCCUGACGAUGGCUAUGCGAGGGUAUCGGGGCAGCCUCAAGCAGUCAUCAUCCAUGUGGAUGUCGGCACGCAAGCCCUCGGACAGGGUGUCCACAACGCAAGUAUCGGCCGCGCUCCCGUGUUCAUCUUUGCUGGUCUUUGCCCAUACAUCGAGUCUGGAGAGCUACUUGGCUCACGCAACGAAUACAUACAGGACGUACCAGACCAAGAGGCAAUUGUGCGGCAAUACUGCAGGUAUACGGGAGAGGUCCGCACAGGUCUGAACAUUAAGCAAUCAGUCGGACGCGCCUUGCAGUUUGCAAAGGGUGCGCCUAAAGGUCCAGUCUAUCUUACUGCCCUCUACUCGUUGGACCAGACUCAGUGGGUACCCAUUGGACCUAGCGCACUUCCAGCGGAUGCUGUCAUCGAUAUCUCAACGGCUCUCGUCAAGGGCAAGCGACCACUCAUAAUAACCGGAUACUCUGGAAGAGACCGUCGAACCCCGGACCUCCUCGUUGCUCUGGCAAAUCUCGUUCCUGGAAUUCGUGUCCAUGACACUGGCGAUAGCGACAUGUGCUUCCCGUCUUCGCAUUCAGCGUCCGAAGGGUUCCGGCAUAGCUUCGACGAAUGCACUCGUGAUGCAGACGCAAUACUUCUGCUGGACUGUGACGUCCUUUGGAUUCCUUCCCGCAACCCAUCUCCAAAGGGAGUUAAGAUCUAUCACAUCGACAUCGAUCCACUCAACCAACAAAUCUCCGUCUCAUUUUUCCCUGCCCAUGGACGAUGGAAACAGUUUCACAGCUCUUACGCAGUGCUCAACGAUGGCAAAUAUGCAGUUCGCGCACAAGAGCAGGCUCAGGUGCACCAACGUCGUCUAGCAGAUAUCGAAUCCCAAGCUCGCAUUGCGGAGGAAGACCCUCUCAGUGCUCACAACAUUGGUAAGCUUCUGAAAGAUAUACUUCCUCGGUCAACCACAUUUGUCAUCGAAGCCGGCACUGCCGCCCAUGCGAUUCAUGACCAUCUCCAACCUAGCCGUCCUGGGAGUUGGACCCACCGCGGCGCAACUGGAAUUGGCUGGAGCAAUGGAGCUGCGCUAGGUGUAAAGAUGGCCUUGAAAGAUAUGGAGGAGAUCGGAGAAGCAGGGCCGAGCCUCGUGUGCUAUGUGGUGGGUGACGGGAACUUCAUGUGCGGAGCACCGUCGAGCGCACUAUGGGUGGCAAGCAAGUACAAGAUUCCAGUUCUGACAUUGGUAUUGAACAACGGCGACUGGAAAGCGCCUCGAAACUCCACCGCGCUCGUAUACCCUGAGGGCCUCAAUCAAGUUGCUUCUGAUGACGAAUUGAAUAUUUCGUUUCGUCCCACGCCCAACUAUGCUGCAUUGGCGGAGGCCGCGACUGGUUCUGACCUUCGAUCUCCCGAGUCUAACAGCAAUUCUCUGUGGAUGAAGGGCAGACGGGUGAAGAUGGUGGGAGAAUUAACAAGUGCACUUAAGUCUGGAGUAGAGAGAGUUGACGAACAAGGCAAGGGUAUGCUUAUUGAGGCUCUGAUGUAG